AUGGAAAAUUACCCAAUCUAUUCCCACGUGAAGUUGGCUGCACAAAACCGAAUGAGACUUGUUAUUAAUGAAGAGGGCAGACCUAGUGGACAAGUUGUUCACAGCAAGGGGUCGUAUAUUGUGCAAAACAUGCACUUAAUAUUCAACAAUAAACACGUCAAAGCUGUUUCUAAAGAAGAUUCUGGAAAUUCUCACAAUGAUGACAAACGGAGUAAAGCUACUUAUGCAAACCAGGUUGAACCUGCCACACAACAGAAAACUAAGCUAAAAUCUGAAAUCAGUACUGUCCACUUUGAAGUCAAACAGAAAGGAAGUGACCACGUGAUUGAACUCCAUAGAGAUGGUUUAAAUGAGUAG